AUGUCUCAACAAGGAUACUACAACGGUCCUCCUCCGCCGCAGCAGGCUUACGGCCAAUAUCCCCCGCAAGGUUACCAGCAGGGUUACCCUCCUCAGGGCGGAUACCCCCCUGGCCCUCCUCCCCAGGGCUAUGCUCCUCAACCCAUGCAGUACCAGCAGCAACCCCCUCCCCAGCAGAAGGACCGCGGCUGUCUAGGAACCUGCUUGGCUACUCUGUGCUGUCUGUGUCUGUGCGAAGAGACCUGCGAGUGCUGCUUUGACUGCAUCGAGUGCUGUGAAAUGUGCUAG